GGUCAUCUGAAGAAAAAAGAAAAAAGGAAAUAAGAAAUUAAAUUGACUGUCUCAACCAAAAACCCCAAAACAAACCAAAAAAAAGAAACGCUCGUUCGUCCUACUUCUUCUCUUCGCUCGUCCGCUCAACACAGCUUCAAGCUUCAAAAGCUCUCUUAAUCAGAUUCUUGAAACAACUAGGUUUUCUGAUUUCAACUUCUACCUACUUUUUUUUUUUUUUCUUGAGCUUCAAUGGAGUUGGGAAUCAUCAAUUAGGGUUUUGUUUACCUCGAUUCGAGCCAAGUUUUUUCAGGGAUGAAGAUGUUGAGAAAUGAAGCUUAGAUUGAUUGAUUGUAAUGGGUUGUGUAUUUGGCCGAGAGGCGACGGCAACAUCUGAACCUAAACAAGCUAAGAGCUCUAAAGCUAGUGGAGUAGAAGGAGAGAGUAGUGUGCAAGUGACUAAGAGUAAUGGAGCUGUUGCUGCUCAAGUAGAGAAGAAGAAUGAGGAGAUUCUUCCUAAGGAGGAAAAUGGUGAUAAAGAAAGGAAAUCGAAAGGUGAUCGGAGAAGGUCAAAGCCUAAUCCACGGUUGAGUAAUCCUUCAAAGCAUUGGCGUGGUGAACAGGUUGCUGCUGGUUGGCCUUCUUGGCUUUCUGAUGCUUGUGGUGAAGCUUUAAAUGGCUGGGUUCCAAGAAAAGCUGACACUUUUGAGAAAAUCGAUAAGAUUGGACAAGGAACAUACAGUAANUUUUUUUUCUUGAGCUUCAAUGGAGUUGGGAAUCAUCAAUUAGGGUUUUGUUUACCUCGAUUCGAGCCAAGUUUUUUCAGGGAUGAAGAUGUUGAGAAAUGA